CAAUCGAUUAGUUGCCGUUCGAGCUUAGUUGUUAGAACAUCGCCUGAAGCCGCAUGGGAAAAUGUUGACUUCGAACUGGGCGAUAGUGUCGAUAUUCUGCGUAAUAUGCUCAUCUGUGUGUGCCGUGGAAGGUUAUCAAGAUACUAAUGGAGAGUGUCCACAAGGUUAUGAGCUCGUCAAUGGCCUGUGCUAUAGGAAGAGCUUGUGUCAGGAAGGUUACUUUAUGCAUACGGAUGGCAUGUGCUAUUCGAUAAACCCGAAGCCUUGCCCCUACGCACCCACACCCACAACCCCGACACCCACAACCACGGGCCCAACCCAGCGCCCACCUGCUCCGAGCUUGUGUCCGCAAGAAUACUUUAUGCAUACCGACGGCAAGUGCUAUUUGAUAAACCCGGAACCUUGUCCAAAUGCACCCACUCCUACAAGCACGACUACGAACACAACAACCACAACAACCACCACCACCACCACCACUACCACAGAGGAGCCCACCACUAGCGAGGAACCCACAGAAGAACCCACAACUACCGAGGAGCCCACAGAAGAACCCACCACUACCGAGGAACCUACCUUUGAACCUCCGCCUGUGCCUGAACCUGCUGAACAAGCCCGCUGUCCACCUGGCUCGAUAUUCUUUGAGGCACAGUGCCGCAAGAUAAUCUGCUCACAGGGCGAAUACCAUGCAGGUCGUUGUCUUAUGCCCGCCUGUCCCGCGGGCACGGUGUGGCGCGGCAAGCGCUGCCAGCCGCCAGGCUAUUUGACAACCAUACUCGAGAUAGAUAACGUGAUCAAGAACAAGCAUGAGUAUCAGACGGUGACAGAGAACGUGAAUCGUGUGGAGUACCAGACCAUUAGGCCCUACGAUCCGAACGAGGAUAUCAGCUAUGACAAAGCGAAGCCACCAACGAAAUUAACAGUUUCGACCUCAACGUCAGCCAGUGUGACCCCACAGCCAGCGACGGAUUGUUGCACGGUCAAGAGCCCGCGUAUCUGUCGACCCUAUCCACCAACAUGGGUGUGCUUUAACCGCAUUCAAAAGCUAUGCGAUCCAAGGAUUUGUACUAAGCCAGUGAUCUAUUUGAAGCCACCACGAAUUGUGCAGCUGAAUGAUCCGCCAAUGCUAGUAAUGCCGCCGAAUCCACCAUUGUCGGGUUGCAUGAAUGCCGAUUGCCAAGAGACCGAAAUGCUCAACUGCUCUGGAUGUGCCCAGGGUCAGCGAGAGAACUGCUCCGCCGCCUGCUACAAUUAUUUCUGUCCAGACAAUAGCUGCGAGUUCAAAAACUCUGAGGACUUUUGUGCUCUAUAUCCCGGAGGAUUUGGAUGCAACAAAAACGACGGAUGCGUCUGGAAAUGGUGCAACAAGAAAUGCCAUUAAUGUUUCAUAGAUAUAGUCGAUACUACUUGUUCGUAAUUAUAUGAUACAUAUAUACAUCAUUCUGGGUAGCAAUAUUAA